CUUCUCCAGUGUUCGUGGCUAGAAGUAUAUCUUAGAAAUAUGGCUCAAAUCGCUAAAAUCUUUGCCGGUCGUGCCCAGCAAGUCUUGCAAACUGCUGCCAAACAACCCCAAUUGGCUCCACGUUUCUACUGUGCUGCUGCCACCAACUUCCAGUACAUCAAAACCGAAUUGGCUGGUGAAAAGAAAAAUGUUGCAGUCAUCACUUUGAACCGCCCCAAGGCCUUGAAUGCCUUGUGCAAUGGUUUGAUUGCCGAAAUCAAUACCACUUUGGACAAAUACGAAAAGGAUGACAGCAUUUCUGCCAUUAUUAUUACUGGAAGCGAGAAGGCUUUCGCGGCUGGUGCCGACAUCAAGGAAAUGCAACCCAACACUUAUGAAAAGUGCAUUAUGGGUAACUUCUUGAACGAUUGGACCCGUGUUGCCAAAUGCCAAAAGCCCAUCAUUGCUGCCGUUAACGGUUAUGCUUUGGGUGGUGGCUGUGAAUUGGCCAUGAUGUGCGAUAUCAUUUAUGCCGGUGAUAAGGCCAAGUUUGGUCAACCCGAAAUUGCUUUGGGCACAAUUCCCGGUGCUGGUGGCACCCAACGUUUGACCCGUGUCGUUGGCAAAUCCAAGGCCAUGGAAAUGUGCUUGACUGGCAACAUGAUCAAUGCUGCUGAAGCUGAAAAGAUGGGUUUGGUGAGCAAGGUUGUACCAGCCGAUCAUUUGGUCACUGAAGCUGUUAAAUUGGGCGAAAAGAUCGGUACCCAUUCCCAAUUGAUUGUGCAAUUGUGCAAGGAAUCUGUUAACACUGCCUAUGAAACCACCUUGCAAGAAGGUUUGAAAUACGAAAGAAGAACUUUCCAUGCCACUUUCGCUACUGGUGACCGUAAGGAAGGUAUGACUGCUUUUGUUGAAAAACGUCCCGCUAACUUCCAAAACAACUAAAUCCGUUUCGUAUUAAGUUUAUCAUGUUGCUAGAGCAACCGUAAAACGUUAACGAGAUUCUAUUUUAUAUGGUUUUUCACAUUACCAGUAAUGCAUUUAUAAAUAUUAUUGCGAAAACCAAGUUUUCUGUUUUUUUUUAAUAUGUAUAAGAAUAAACUAAAUUUAUAGAUAUUUUAUCAAAAA